GUUCCCUACCCAGAAAUAAAGAUGGAGAAGGUGUGGAUUACCCCUGACUGGUGCAAUUUCACUCUUCAUUGUUCUGCCCCAACAAAGUCAUCAGCUCUGUCCUACAGUUGGAUGUACAGACACAAAGAGCGGUACCAGCCCUAUACCACUGGUACCACAAUCCAUGUGUCACUGCAGCCUGAAUCCUGGGAUGGGGAAUAUCUGUGCUUCAUACACAACCCGGCUGAUCACAAAAAUGUCUCUAUUACUGCUCAGCAAGUCUGCAAUGAAACCAGUCUCACAGAAGGCACAGCUGAUAAAAGCUGCAGGAUGAAGCUGUACAUCUACCUGCCAAUACUCACUGCUCUCUCCUUGUCACUAGCAGCUCUCAUCAUUGUCAUAAGAACUAAAAAGCAAGAACAUCACUAACAGACAUUCCCUGUAUUUCUGCAACUGAAGGAAACGGCAUUGAGAACCUUUUAGCCCUUGCGUUUUUUCUGUACACAGAUAAUGAAGAGCACAGAUAUUGGUGUGUGGCAUAUUGGUAUUGCUGUUCUGCACAACUGCAUGAAUCGGCUCAAUUACUGAUACUGAUGUACAGGUAUGGGACCUGUUAUCUAGACUGUUUAGGACCUGGGG